AUUCUUAUGAGCGAUAUCUUGUUUUGAGUGGUUUUCAAGAAUAAUUUAUUUCCAGCUAGCACUGUUUCACAGAAAUGGAUAAAUUCAGGAUUUAAGUGAUACUACAGAAGAAAAUCACAUAUAGCAAUUGUAAAUUCUGUCUGUGAAAUCCUUAAAAUAUAUUAUCAAAGUUUCUUGUCACUUGCACAUCAAUGCUUCAUGUAUAAUCAUCCCAAAACAAUUGUGAAUAAUGUUAGUUUUAGUUAUAAUUCCAUAUUGUUGUUAUAUAAUCCUGGGUCUGGGUCUGUAAAAAGGCAAUGUUCAUUGCUUGUUUUAUUGCGUGCAAUGAGAUUAGAUGAUAAUUUUAUAGCAACCCUGGUAAACAGCCAUACAUAUUUAUUACAUUGCAUAAAAGGGACUGAGGAAUCCUAUAUUACAUAACACAGCCUCCUUAGGCAUCUUUAUAGGCAUCUUACCUUUUACCAAUGGUUUUAUAAUUUAUAAACAUCUAUUCUGGAUUAGCAGUAUUGUGAACUAUAGAAAAGUAAAGAAUAACUGAAACCAAUGUCCAUUUUUUUCCAUUUAUAUAUAAAAAUCAAAUGUCUAGAAGGGUUCUGUUAAAAGGCUUUAGACUAAAAAAAUCAGCUACUUUACUUUGUUCAGGGGUGAAAAUAGAGGCAUUUUUAUUGAUGUGAUAUCGAAAGGUUUUGGUUUAAACAGAAUAUGAAGUACGAAGCUGAAAAUACUGAGCUGAAGAUGACCCUCAGCUGAAGAAGAUACAAAGAUAUGAAUCAAGUCCUUAAAUAUGUGACCACCCCCCUUUUUUAUGCUAGCUCACCUUCAAGCACCUUGCCACUUUCACCUUCUAUCUCUAUCCAGAAUUCUAGUUUAUAUGUGGAGAUAAGAAGGCCCAUAUCUACAUUUUCAGAAUCAAUGUUCAUUUCUUCCAUGGCAAUCGUGAAGAAUUUCUGUGUUCAGCAACUGGGAUGCUGCCAAAAGAAGGGAUUGUAAUGUCCACUCCCCCCCCCAAAAAGACACACACCCCUCACUCAUCCCCGUGCAGCCUUAUCAGCGCACGACUGUGAGCACAGGUCAGAGGAGAACAUUGGAGCUCUUUAGUCCACGACAGCGCUGGUAGGAUGUCUGUGACAGAAUCUAAGACAGAGCUCUAUAACAUGGACAACAUGGACACGGCAGAGCCAGCUAUAGAGAAGGCUGGUUCCCACCGCGGGGCUGAAGUGUUUGAGCGCUACAUCCAGCCAUGCGUGGCCGAGCUGCUGGGGUCUGCCCUCUUCAUCUUCGUUGGGUGCUCCUCUGUGAUUGAGAACGUGGAAGGAACUGGCAGGCUGCAGCCAGCCCUGGCACAUGGACUCGCGCUGGCCAUCGUCAUUGCUUUGUUCGGGGAAAUCAGUGGGGGCCACUUCAACCCAGCAGUGUCUGUGUCAGUCUUCCUCGUUGGGGGGCUCAAGGUCAUUCUGCUUGUGCCCUAUAUUCUUGCCCAAAUGCUUGGGGGGAUGAUUGGUGCAGGCCUUGCUAAGGCAAUCUCUUCACCUGAGAAAUACAGCAACGCUACAGGAGCGGCAUUUGACGCGGUGAAAAACGAUGCUGAGGUGGGAGCGGCCACUGUGGCUGAGAUGGUGAUGACGCUCUUCCUGACAAUGACGGUGUGUAUGGGGGCUGUCAAUAAGAGGACCAGCAGUGGCAUGGCCCCUUUCUGCAUCGGUCUGACUGUGGCUGCAGACAUUCUGGUUGGAGGAGCAGUGUCCGGAGCAUGUAUGAACCCGGCGCGGGCCUUAGGGCCAGCUGUGGUUUCUGGGUACUGGAGCUACCACUGGAUCUACUGGGUCGGGCCUUUGCUGGGGGCUCUACUCACAGCCAGCUUUGUGAGACUGCUCCUUGGUGACAAGAGAAUCCGGGUUCUUCUAAAGUGAUCGCUGCUAUGAAGAACAUUAUGGCUUUAUUACACUGAAGGGCGUGGAUCUCCUGAUGGACGUGCUACCUGCAGUUAUUGUUUUCAAAUUCAAAUGGGUCCAAUCCUUUUCAAAACUAGUGU